AUGCGCUCUUGGGCAGGCAGACAUUGUGAGUGGAGAGAUGCAGAUGGCGGUGAAGAGGAGGCGAAACAGUUGUGCUUGGACCGCAAAAGCUGCGACUCUGUGACGUCGGUAUUACGCACAGCCAGUUGCGAUCACUGCGGGGCAAAAGGAUGGGACAUUGUAGGGGACGUGGACAGCAGCUACACUCUAUCGGUGGGGCGCGUACAGCCUGUCGUGGCAGCCGCGGCAGCGGCGGCAUCCGAUGGCAUGGCCCUGUCCACCGUAUUCGAACAGGCAGCUGCGGGCGUAGGUGUUGGGGGAGGGGUUGCGGCCGUUGCACAGAUGUGCAUUGUCAGAGAUGGAGAAGCGGCGAGGAUGGGAGGAUGCGAAGAGCAGACGCGAUUGACGUUGCAGUUUGCGAGCGAGCACGAUAUGGCGGCUAUGGGUGCACCGGGGGUGCGGUUGAUCACAGCUGCGAGCGACGGAAACAAGAAAGGGGUCAAAAAGUGGUUGGACCAGGGCGUGGAUGUGGACUCACGCGAUUGGGACAAUCUGACACCCCUUAUCGCAGCGUCUAGCCAGGGACACCUGGAUGUUGUCAAGAUCUUGUUGCAACGAGGGGCAGGGGUGAACUCCAAAGACAAGGAUAACAUCACAGCGCUCAUGGAGGCAUCUAUCAUGGAUCACAGGGAUGUCGUCAAGCACCUCUUGAAGGAGGGUGCUGAGGUGGACGCGAAAACAACAACAGGAGUGACUGCGUUGUGGCUGGCGGCUGGCGAGGGGAGGAAGGAGGUGGCGGCUAGUCUGAUCGCCAAGGAUUCGGAUGUGAACAAUCGCAGAACAGAUGGCAUCACAGCGGUUAUGGCUGCGGCUGUCGGGGGACACAAGGAUGUAGUGAAGAUGCUGGUUGAUGCCGGUGCUGGAGUGUCCGACCGGGACCAGGACGGGCUCACGGCGCUCAUGAACGCAGCGGAAAUUGGCGCUGGGGAAAUCGUGACGUACCUACUCAACAAGGGGGCGGACCCCAACGUCAUGUCAGAGACGGGCUUUACGUCGCUCAUCCUGGCGGCAGCAGGGGGUCAUCUGGAGGUGGUUAAAACUUUAGUAGAGAAGGGCGCCGAGAUAAACGCCGAGCAUCCAGAGGGGGUCAAUGCGCUCAUGUACGGAGCAGCGGGAGCACAUCUCGGCGUGGUACAGUACUUGCUAGAUCCCGCCAAGGGGAUGACGGGAGCGGAGGUGAACCAGCUGCACGUACACGGAGGAUCAGCCCUGAUGGAGGCAAGCACCUCUGGAAACGUGAGUGUCAUAAACCUGUUGCUCAAGAAGGGGGCGGACGUAUCGGUAACAGACAAGGACGGCGUCACCACUCUCAUGUCUGCGGCCAGUCACGGACAUGCACAGGCCUGCAAGGUCCUGCUGGAUGCUGGAGCUCCCCUAGAUACGAAAGCUUCCUCGGGGGGAACGGCUCUUAUGUUUGCCGCUGCAGCAGGGUACACUGACGUGGUGGCGCUGUUGCUGGAGAGGGGCGCUCAUGUCAACGACACCGUCCAGGUCUCGAGAGGCUUACCUCUUCAAUAUCACGCAAACGCAAACCACGUGCAGGAUGUGAUGCGCGCAUUAGUUGAAGGCGGAGCUGAUGUCAGAGCUGUGGACGACCAGGGAUUGAGUGCACUUCUCAACGCAGUGAAGGGGAACUUCGGUGAUGCCGCCUCGUACCUGGUGGAGAAAGGCGCGGAUGCAAAUGACGUUUAUGUGGACGAGGGAGGGGAUCGGCACUCUCUGCUGAUGGACGCUAUUAUCGUUGAGAACGUUCCCUUCGCGGAGCUGUUGGUCAAGCACGGCGCGGACGUGAAUGUGACGGACGAGCAGGGCGUGACAACCUUGAUACAGGCGGCGCACAGAGGCAUGUUGGUGAUCUGCGAACUGGUCGUGGAGAAGGGUGUUGCUGUUGCUGCGAAAUCUGAUGAUGGCAUUACAGCUCUCAUCGCUGCCGCUAGCGAGGGACACGCGGGCAUCGUGGAGCUUUUACUGGGGAAGGCUAAAGCAGAUCCUGACGCCAAAGACAAGGACGGCACAACGGCCCUGAUGGCGGCAUCCGUGCGAGGGCACAAGGAUGUGGUCGAUGCCUUGCUGCGACAUGGCGCGAACGUCGACCAGCAAAAUCUGGAUGGUCACACGGCCCUAAUGUUUGCUUACAAUGGAAGAAACCAGGUGGCAGCAUUGCUGUCUCGAUACUUGGAGUACGUGGGAGGCAAAGAGGAUGACGGGAACGCUAAGAUUAUCCAGGAUUCGCUUCAGGUGCACACGAACAUUAUCGCUGCUCUCCAGGCCGCGGAUGCAGACCCGGGACUUCUCGACACCAACGGCAACUCAGCCCAAGACUUUGACUCUCAACAUCCUACAGGGCAGGAAACAGAAGGAGGAGCGAGUGGGGCAGGGCGAUUGGAGCCCCCAAGAGCUAGGCCAGCGGUACCCCCAACGGGGGACAGGGAUGAGCUAUAG